AUGACCCUGCUGGCAGGCGAUGGCUCUGACUAUGACUACAGUGCCCUGAGCUGUACCUCUGAUACCUCCCUUAACCCACCUCCCCUACAAGAGGAGGAGGCUCAAAAGGGAGCCUUCUACAAGAGGGCACAACGUGCCCCUGAGCUCAGCACCGUCCAUGAUGACACAUUACUGUCCAGUGCCCGUAAACUACACGCCAUCAUCAAUGUGGGUGGGUUGCGUUACCAGCUUCCUUGGACCACCUUAGAAGACUUUCCGCUGUCUCGUCUGGGCCAGCUACACCUCUGCAGCAGCUUUGAUGAGAUCAUGGGUAUCUGUGAUGACUAUGAUGUUACACACAAUGAAUUCUUCUUCGACCGCAGCCCCUGUGCAUUCCGUACCAUCCUGACCUUCCUGCGGGCAGGGAAGCUGCGGUCCCUCAGAGAGAUGUGCGCCCUCUCCUUCAGGGAGGAGCUGCACUACUGGGGGGUCCCUGAGGAGAGCCUGGAGUGGUGCUGUCGUCGGCGUCUACUGCAGCGUGUGGAGGAGUUUGAAACGAUGGAAAGGGCAGAGGAGGAAGAGGAACUCCUGGAGGAUCUGCUGGAUUCACACAGUGGCCACAAGGAGCAUCCAGCAGAGUCCAGACUCAACCGGUGCAUGGGCAAGCUAAGAGACAUGGUGGAGAGGCCUCACUCAGGCCUCCCUGGGAAGAUCUUUGCUUGUUUGUCAGUGUUGUUUGUCACCAUCACUGCCGUCAACCUAUCCAUCAGCACCAUGCCUGCCAUGAGGGAAGAGGAGGAGGCGGGCACAUGUUCCCAGAUGUGCUACAACAUCUUCAUUGUGGAGACGGUGUGUGUGGCCUGGUUCUCCCUGGAGUUCACUCUGCGCUUCAUUCAAGACCGCAGCAAGCUGACCUUCCUCAGACAGCCCCUGAACCUGAUAGAUGUGGUGGCCAUCCUGCCGUACUACAUCACCCUGGUGGUGGACAGCACAUCCAAAGGCGAGAAGCGGCUGGGCUCUGGCAGCAGCUACUUGGACAAAGUGGGCUUGGUGUUGCGAGUCCUGAGAGCCCUGCGUAUCCUCUAUGUGAUGCGGCUAGCUCGCCAUUCACUGGGCCUGCAGACUCUGGGCCUGACAGCACGCCGCUGCACACGGGAGUUUGGACUGCUCCUACUUUUCCUAUGUGUGGCCAUCGCACUGUAUUCCCCCUUAUUGUACUUGAUUGAGAAUGAAAUGGGAACCACGCAGGAGUUCACCAGCAUCCCUGCAACCUACUGGUGGGCUGUCAUCACCAUGACGACAGUGGGCUAUGGCGACAUGGUGCCAAGAAGCAUCCCGGGCCAGGUGGUGGCUCUGAGCAGCAUCCUGAGCGGAAUCCUCCUCAUGGCCUUCCCCGUCACCUCCAUCUUCCACACCUUCUCGCGGUCCUAUGUGGAGCUGAAGCAGGAGCAGCAGAGGCUGCUGCAGAGGAGGACACACUUUCUGCUGCGGAGCCGCAUGGCUGGCCUGAGCAGUAACCUCUCACUAGAGAGUGAUAUGCUCUUCCCUAUAGGGUCGUCUGACACCAGAGAUAUGGACGACUGA